AUGAGCGACUCUGUUAAAUUAGUUGUAGUUGGUGAUGGUACUGUAGGAAAAACUUGUAUGUUGAUGUGUUAUACAUCGAAUGAUUUUCCAAGUGAUUAUGUUCCGACUGUAUUUGAUAAUUAUGUGGCAAAUGUUACGAUUGAUAAAGAAACAAUUUCAUUAGGACUUUGGGACACUGCUGGACAAGAAGAAUUUGAUUCAUUACGGCCAUUAUCUUAUCCAGGAACAGAUAUUUUCCUUCUUUGUUUUGCUGUGAUUUAUGAACCAUCCUUUCAAAAUUUAAAAGAAAAAUGGCAACCAGAAGUUAAACAGCAUUGUCCAAGUGCUGCUUUAAUGAUGGUUGGAACUAAAAUCGAUUUAAGGGAUAACGCUGCUGAAGUAAAGAAAAUUACUGACCAAGGUCUUCAAGUUAUCUCUCCUGAGAAAGGUCAACAAAUGGCUACUGAAUUAAAUUGUGUUAAAUAUAUGGAAUGUUCUGCUUUAACUAGAAAGGGACUAAAAGAAGUCUUUGAGACUGCUGUUAAAUAUGUUUUAGAAAACAAUGCUGCUGCACCACCUCCUGAAAAAAAAGACAAAAAGAAAUGUGUUCUUCUUUAA